AUGAUUGCCGGUUUUUUCUUUAUCUGUUGGCGGAUGGGCCAAAUCGUUACCCUAAUCAUCCCGAUUGGCAUUCUCUCCUGGUUUGUCGACGGCUUCGUCAAAAACAACCAACUAACCCCAACCUACAUCCUCGUCCUUUUCAUCACUACUGUCCUCGGCGUCUUCUGGGCCCUCGACACCCUCAUCCGACACUCCAACGCCAAACGCUCCGCCUCCUUCGUCGCCUUCGUCGAUCUCCUCUUCGUCGGCGCUUUUAUCGCCGGGGUCUAUCAACUGCGACGCAUCACCAACUCAGACUGCGGCAAUUUCCGUCUGGACCCAUUGACAAUUUCCUUGGGACCCUUCGGUUUCGCGGGUCAGCGCUCUAAUAACCCGCUGGCGCGCAAUCCGGGUAAGGUCUGCGCAAUGCUGAAGACGGCGUUUGCGUUUGGCAUUAUGAACAUUGGUUCAUUUUUUGUUACGUCAGUGCUGGCGUAUUUCAUGCAUCAUCAUGAGGAGGAGCAUGAGAAAAGCUCGCGCAGCAGACGAGGCUCGCAUUCUAGCCGUCGUGGCCAUUCAAGUUCUCGGCACCGAAGAAGCAGCUCGGGGAGACAGCCUGUUUACAAUGUCUAA